CUCUUUCUUCAGCCUGUUUUGCUUCAGCUCGCGGCCGAUCGCACAGCAUGAAGUGAAGUGAGAAGGCCCCGCGCGACCACGCACACCACAGCCGUUCUGAAGCUCGGAACCCUAAAAUGGCAGAGCAACUUUCUCCAGGAAACACUGCAGACCAGGUGUGCACCUUCCUCUUCAAAAAGCCUGGGCGGAAAGGCACUACAGGCCUCAGAAAGCGCCCGGCCUGCGACCCAGAGCCCGGAGAAAGCAGCAGCAAUAGUGAUGAAGGCAGCACUGUGGUUCGACCCGAGAAGAAGCGGGCGACCCACAAUCCAAUGAUACAGAAGACCCGCGGCAGUGGUAAACAGAAGGCGGUUUGCGGUGACUUGAGUAGCGAGGAGGAGGAGGCGGAGAAUGAGCCUGAGAGUCUCGGCGUGGUUUAUAAGUCCACCCGCUCAGUGAAGCCCGUGGGGCCAGAGGAUAUGGGGGCGACAGCUGUCUAUGAGCUGGACACAGAGAAGGGGCGUGAUGCACAAGCUAUCUUUGAGCGCAGCCAUAAAAUCCAGGAGGAGCUGAGGGGCAAGGAGGAUGACAAGAUCUAUCGGGGAAUCAAUAAUUAUCAGAAAUACAUGAAGCCCAAAGAUAAGUCUAUGGGCAAUGCCUCUUCCGGGAUGGUGAGGAAGGGCCCCAUCCGAGCGCCUGAGCAUCUACGUGCCACCAUGCACUGGGAUUACCAGCCCGGUAUCUGUAAGGACUACAAAGAGACUGGCUUCUGCGGCUUCGGAGACAGCUGCAAAUUUCUCCAUGACCGUUCAGAUUACAAGCAUGGGUGCUGCAGCUCCCUCUUCCGCUCCUUGUCCCCGGCCAGGGUGGGCACUUCGAGGGGCUCUUUUUGUGAGGAACGCCAGGUAGGCACCCGGGUCCUGCUGGUCCACUGCUGGAACAGCUAG